GUGCGUUGGCUGUGGCAGGGAAGACGUCGUGCAGCCCGUUAUCUGGCUGUGGGCGAGAGGAGGCAGAGGCAGCCACAGCUCCCCUGAUGCUGACGGGUUGAUCGAGGGGUUGUACUGUAUGUCUGUGUGGGAAUGAAUGUAUAUUUGUGUGCGUGCGUGCCAGUCUUGGACUGUGUGCAUGUAGGGGCUGCAUGAGCUGCAACCGGAGCUGCUGCUGCCGCACUUGGUGAAUAAUGCAGACAGGAGAACCGGAGUUUGAAUGGCAUGCAAGGAACCAGAUUAAUAAUGCAUAGUGCCGGUUACAAGCUCUGCAUCAGAUAGUUUUUUCUGAGACCUGUGGCUGCCUACAAUCUGCCUGACUCACUGACUUUCGACCUACCUUUCUGCCUGCCUGACCAACGCAGCAAUGUCUCACUACCAUUUCAUCAAAUGUUGUUGUUUCCAGCUAUGUAACGUUUUCCGUCAGAACAUGGAGAUAGACCAGUGCCUGCUGGAGUCCCUGCCGGUUGGCCAGCGCCAGCGACUGGUCAGAAGGAUGCGCUGCGACCAAAUAAGGGCAUAUUACGAGCGGGAAAAGAACCUUCAGCGGCAACAGGGUGGAGUCAAAGUUCGAGCCCCAUCCACCCACAGCAGGAAGCACCGCAUCCGCUUCAGGCACGCCGAUGUCAUUCAAGAUGCCAUCAUACGCCGUGACGACAAAGAAGUGUUGCGUCUCCUAAAGGAGGGAGCAGACCCCAACACUCCAACUUCCUCAGGGGGAUCUUUGCUGCACCUGUGUGCUCGCCAUGAUAACGUGUUUGCAGCUGAGCUCCUGAUUGAGCGAGGCCUAAAUGUCAACCAGCAGGACGAAGACCUGUGGACGGCCAUGCACGUAGCAUGUGUGUGUGACCACGCUGAUAUGGUGCUGCUGCUACUGCUGGCUGGAGUUAACAUUUUGCUUCAGGACAUCAACGGAAACAUUCCUCUGGACUACACUUUUGAGGGGACAGAGACCAACUAUAUUCUCCGUAAACACCUGGAUGAAAAUGGUGUGGAUGUGGCCUCUAUGCACACCAUGAAGACACAGAGACCAACCACCAUGAUGAAUGAUGUCAAACAUCUUGUAACCACAGGAGGAACCCUUAACCAGCCUAAUGAUGAAGGCGUCACUCUGCUCCACAUUGCAUGUGCCAGUGGUUACAGAGAUGUGGUGUCAGUGUUAUUGGAGAGUGGAGCAGACCCCCAUCCAGCUGACAACAACUUUUGGACCCCACUCCAUUUGGCUGCAAAAUAUGGGCAGACAAGCAUCGUAAGCAAGCUCCUAAGGCACGGAGCAGACCCGACUUUGUUCAACUGCAACCAAGACAAGCCAUCUGAUCUCGCAGUCUCAGAACCGAUAGCAGAAAUGCUGCUGAACGCAGAGGAGAGCUGGUUGCAGAGACUGAAGGACCCCUCUGCUCCCCUACCUUCUACCGACCAACGCUAUGAUGGAGGCUCUUUUGACUUCAGCACUCCUCUCAAGACUUUGAACCCGCUUGGUCUCUCAAUCUCUAAGCGGGACAGUCUGCUGGAGAAGUGUGCCAUGUUCAGAGAAGCAGGUGGGGCACUAAGCCGACAGCCCUCUCAGGAUAAUGGCCUAGAUAGUCCUUUUAGCUCUGGACCCAGCAAACUGGAGCAGGUCAAGCUGAUGCCUCCAGCUCCCAACGAUGACCUUGCAUCCCUCAGCGAGCUGACUGAUAGCAGCCUGCUCUACGAGAUGCAGAAGCGCUUUGGCAACGACCAAAUAUAUACUUACAUCGGACACAUUCUUCUACUCAUCAAUCCAAACAAAGAGCUCCCCAUCUAUUCCACUUUGGUGAGUCAGUUGUACGUGAGCUCCACCGGUCGUCUUUGCUCUUCUCUGCCGCCUCACAUCUUCUCCUCAGCUGAGAGAGCGUACCACAUGAUGCAGCAGGAGAGACGGCCACAAUGUUUCGUCCUGAGCGGUGAGAGUGGUUCUGGGAAAACUGAGGCAUGUAAGCACAUUGUGAGACACUUGACAGCUCGCUCCAACCCCAAAGGCUUUGGGUUAGAGCCCAGAAUGAAACACGUAAACUGUAUUCUGGAAGCCUUUGGUCAUGCAAAGACCCCAAGGAACAGCAACUCAAGCCGUUUUAUCAAGCUGCUGACUGUCCAGUUCUGUGAAAAAGAAAGGACGAUACUUAGAGCUCACGUGUACGCCUACAUGCUGGAGAAGACCCGUCUGGUUCACCUGCCGCCUCAGCAGCAUAACUUCCAAAUCUUCUACCUGAUGGCUGAAGGCCUUUCCCCCGAGGACAAGAGUGCCAUUUAUCUUAAUAAUGUUCUGGCUCAUAGGUAUCUUACUGGAGCAACCCCAGGAGAGAGCCCUCCUGUAGCCUCAGCGUCUGCCCAGAGCAGGGAGCAUCUGGCUGCAGUGAAACAAGCCCUGCGAGCCCUGGGCUUCAAUAAACAGGAGGUGGACUCUGUGUUCACGCUGCUUUCUGCUGUUCUCCAUAUUGGGGACCUACGUUUCACUGCCCUCACAGACGCCGAUUCAGCCUUCCCUUCUGACCUGCAGCUGCUGGACAGAGUUGCUGGAUUGUUGCAGGUGUCUGCUAAUGACUUAAGCACUGCGCUCACCUCUGACGUUCAAUACAUCAAAGGUGAUAUGAUUACUAGACGGCACACUGUAGAGAUGGCAGAGCAGUAUAGGGACCAGCUUGCUAAAUCCAUCUAUGGGCGCCUGUUCUACUAUCUGGUCAACAGCAUCAAUGACUACCUUCAAGGACAAGAUGACAACGUUGGGGAUCCUGCCAUGGAAAUUGGGAUCUUGGAUAUGUUUGGAUUUGAAGAAUUUCAAAGAAAUGAAUUUGAACAGCUGUGCGUGAACAUGACCAACCAACGGCUGAGGCAGUAUGUCACUGAGGUGCUCUUCCAGCAGGAGCAGGCUGAGUGUCUGCAGGAAGGUAUCACCACAGAGAUCCCCCUCUCCAGUGACAGCCACAUCGCUGUACUGGACUUCUUUCUUCAGAGACCUCAGGGAAUGCUAUGUGUGCUGGAUGAAGAGAGUCAGAGCUUACGGCCCUCGGAGCAGACCCUUUACAAGAGGCUUUCCGCCCAACUGGACUCCAGUUCAAUUUGUGGACUUUCUCUCACCACCAAGGAUGGCAACGGAAACCCCCCGCCCAAAGACCAGGGUCCAGCCUUCACUGUCAACCACUAUGCAGGACAGAUUUCAUAUGACCUCACUGGAUCUCUGACCAAAAACAAGGACUUCUUCCCUCAGAAUCUCCUGCUUACAAUGAAAACCAGUGACAACGUGUUACUGCAGCAGCUCUUCCAGUCCAAGCUGACUCAGACUGGUUCUCUGGUGCCAGCUGCCCAGGGCCGCAUUGGCCUGAGAGGGACUAAAGCGGCCUUGUUGCUCCAGAGGAUGCCAUCAGCCUUCCCUGUCAAUGCCACGUCUAUCCCCCAACAGCCCCGGAGGUACCAUGAUCUUACCAAGAUAUUGAAGAAAAAAGGCUCAAGUUCUUUCCUCCAACGAUUGGAGCGUUGUGGGCCAAUUACAGGGGCUGUCCAGCUGAGGAACUCGCUGUCAGAGAUUAUGAGUAAACUGCACACCCGCACUCCCCACUUUGUGGAGUGUGUGCGCCCCAACUCCAGUGGUCAGCCAGCCAGCUUCGACAGCUUCCACGUCUCUACCCAGCUGCAAUACAUCGGAGUGCUUGAUAUGGUGCGCGUGAUUCGCUAUGGAUACCCCAUCCGCCUGUCAUUCUCAGCGUUCCUCAGCAGGUCAGUGCUGGAGCGCUACAGUGGCUCGCACAUGUGUGUUGACCUUUUCCACGUUUUGUCACGUUACAACCACAAAUACAAUGUGUUUCUUUUAAAUGUUGCAUCGUUGAAAUUAACAAUGCCAUGUUUUCUUCUUCCAGAAACCGUAAAACUCUUCUCAGGUCACUACGGCCUCGGUCAUGUGUAG